ACUUUGGACUUUUGAACACGUACCUAAUGGCGAAAAGUGACGCAGAAAGGUGCGUUGCUAAAAUGAAACUUCCUCAGUUUUCUGUAGAGGAGGUGCAACAGCACAACACGGAGACAGAUUUUUGGUUGAUCCACCGUGGAAAGGUGUAUGAUAUUAGCGAAUUUCUCGAGCGCCAUCCCGGUGGGAAAGAUAUUUUGUUGUCCUUUGCUGGCCAAGAUGUGACAACAUUGAUGACUCAAGAUGAUCCUCACAAACACACUACGUUUGCGUAUGGAUGGCUUAGAAAAUACCUCAUAGGACGUUUAAAAGGCGAGGAAAAUGACAAAGAAUUUGACUCAACUACUAAAGAAAAUCUGCCUAUGGAUGGAUGGAGGGAGGAUCUCAUUGAUUGGAACAAAGCAAUUCUGCCGCAAGUGGGAAAACUUGGUGCAGACUACCUAAACUGGGUUCACUCACCUGUUGAUCGACCCUUGAGACUCUUUGAGUCUGACUUUGUGGAGUUCUUUUCAAUGACGCCCUGGUACGUGGUGCCGAUAAUCUGGAUACCAACAAUGCUCUAUGUGUGCUUUGUGGCCUACCAAGAUCUGACUGCUAGGAAUGGAAUUGGAAACAUUAAUCCAGAUUUUCUAAAUUCAGAGCCCAAGGUCUUUUCUGUGUUUACGUUGCUGUUCCUGAUAGGCAUUCUUGUUUGGUCUUUAGUAGAAUAUUGCUUGCAUCGUUUCUUGUUUCACCUAAUCAAUCAUGUCCCUGCUGAUUCGCCAUUUUGGAUCACAAUCCACUUCUUUCUUCAUGGCCAACAUCAUAAGGUGCCUUUUGAUAGUGGAAGACUGGUAUUUCCUCCUGUAGCUGCUGGUGUCUUGGCGGCAAUCUUCUACAAUGUGUUUGCUAUACUCUUGCCACUAGCCAUUGCCAGAAGUAUCUUUGCAGGUGGUUUGUUGGGCUAUAUUACAUAUGAUCUCAUGCAUUACUACCUCCACCAUGGAUCACCGACACCUGGGAGUUAUCUCCACCAGCUGAAAAGAUAUCAUGUGUCCCACCAUUUUGAGGAUCAGCAGAAAGGUUUUGGUAUUUCCAGCAAGUUGUGGGAUUACCCAUUUGGCACCUUCCCUGAUAAAUUAAAUGUCAAGGCAGCUUAGGCUUUAUGUACACUGUCUAUUAAUUAAAAGUAAUGUAAUUGAGGAAGUGGUAGAUAAUUCUGUUUUGAUGUUGCAAGGCAAUUAAGUUAUGCGGUAUUUAUUGGUUAAUCAAUGAUUCACUGUCAGGAGAAAGCUGGGAAUAGAAACCAAACCAGUGGAUUAUUUUUCUUGCACUGGCUAAUUAUCCUGCACCAAAGUGUGUUUUUGCAGUGGCCAUAUUUAUUGGGCAUGUUUCCAAGUAGUAGGAAAUGUUUGCAUAAUUAUAACAGGAGGGGCGAUAAUUGGUAAAAUAUGAGACUUGCCAAGAUUCUCAGUUUCUUGUUUGGAAAUCUGAGACUGCAAGUAAAACAGUUUUAGACUUUGAGACA